AUGCCUGAUCCCCUGGAAUCCGAUGAUCAGGGCUAUUUAACCAGUCCUACUAACUGGGGUCCAGGGGUCCAGUGGCCGCCGGAGCGGAACUGCCGAGACUCCAGGAACAGGUCCGAGGCGCUGCCGCGCACCGACGGACACGCCGGCUGCGCUGGACGAUUCUCAGAGCUGCACGGCGAAGCGCUGGCGUUCUGCCGCCUUACACGGGGAUUCCUGGGAUCGCGCUCCGAAACACUUGCAGGAAACAUGGGAAUGGCGAGGGUGUGGCUUCUCUUGGUGCUGACCGCGCACUGCUCCCGGUCCGCGGACAUCCUGUUCGUGGCGCCCACGUGGGCUGUGAGCCACGCGCUGCCCCUGCACAAGGUGGUGACCGCGCUGCUCGGCAGGGGGCACCACGUCACCUACGUCACGCCGCACCCCCUGCAGCCCGAAAAGAACGAGAAUUACACCCUGGUUGACCUGACUCUACCUGUCAUGAAACCUGCAAUAGUGAACAGGUCAAUCUUGGCAGAUACGUGGCCAAUGAGACUAGUUGAAGCGUACCACGAAUCUGGUGUUCUAUGCUGCAACAGACUGAAGCACCCAGCAAUGCAAGAAUGGCUCAAGUCUGACCAUAGGUUUGAUCUUGUCGUCAUGGAGCGUCUGCCGUACCAGUGUUUCUACGGGCUGGUGCACAAAGUAGGGCUGCCCCCCAUGGUUGGCAUCCUGACACUUCCUGCUAUGGCACCAACCUACUACGCCAUAGGCAACCCCAUAAACCCAGCAUAUCUGUCAGAUGUUUUCAUUGGAUACACCGACCACAUGAAUUUCUGGCAGCGGCUGUACAACACUUACUUCAUCGCAAGGUUUCUCUAUUUCUGGCAGACAACAGUACUGCCUGCCCAUGAAGCGAUUAUGAGGGAAAUUUUUGGCCCAGAUCCACCAUCAGUUUACGAAAUGGAGCGCAACUUCAGCAUGCUGAUAGUUGAUGUUCAUUUCAGUGGGGAUUACCCUAGACCAAAUGUACCAAAUGUGAUUGAAGUCACAGGACUGCACGUAGAAGACAAUGUCGAACCAUUACCACAGGAUAUCCAGAAGUUUCUUGACGAAGCAGAGCACGGAGUCAUCUACUUCAACCUGGGCUCGAACGUCAAGAGCAGCACGCUGCCGGAACAUAGAAGGCAGGCGUUCGUGGACGCCUUCAGAGAGAUGCCGCAGAGGGUUGUCUGGAAGUGGGAAGACGACAACAUUCCUGACCUCCCAGACAACGUACUCGUGAGGAAGUGGCUCCCACAGCAGGGCAUUCUGGCUCAUCCAAAAGUGAAACUGUUCAUCAUGCAAGGCGGUAUACAAAGCCUAAACGAAGCAGCGUUUCGCUCCAUUCCGCUGAUCGCCGUGCCGUUCUUCUCUGACCAGCGUCACAACUGUGCCAAGAUAAACGCAGCAGGAAUUGGUGUCCGAAUUUACCUCAAGGACAUCACGAAGGAAUCUGUUCUUGAUGCCAUACACAGAGUUCUGGAAGACCCCAGCUACAAGGAGAGGAUGGCGCAGUAUUCUCGGCUGUUCCGCGAGCACCGCGAGCAGUCUGUGGAGACGGCGGUGUGGUGGCUGGAGUACGUGAUCCGCCACAAGGGAGCGCCGCACCUGCGCAGCGCCGCCCUGGACCUCCACUGGUGGCAGCUGCUGCUGCUCGACGUCAUCGCCUUCGUGCUGGCCGCAGCCGCCGCCGCCGUCACCGCCCUCUGGUUCGUGGCCAGGAGGCUGCUGGUCGCCUUCACAGCGCGGAAGGACAAGCUCAAGACCCACUGAGCCACACCUGCCUGCGAGAGGUUACAGUAGCGCGAUGUACAAAGUUACCGCAAAGAAUGCUGCACGCAAUAACUGAUCAAAUAUUGUGAUGAUCCCCUCAUUAAGGCAACACUGUGACUCUAAUUAUGUGGUGAUCUACUGUAAACACAACCACAAACAAUAGCCGUAAGUGUGGUAUUUGCCAUCAACGGAAGUAAAAUGGACUGGUGUAGAGCUGCAAGACUGUAAUUAAUGUAUAUCAUAGUUGUUUGCAUUUCAAGACAAUACAUUUGUUUUCGACAAUUGGCGGUAGUUACCGCGCAAGGUGGCGCAGUUUUAAGAAAAUGGACUCUUAUUCUGGAGGACGCCAGCUCAAAUUCACGUCCGGUCUUCCCUGAUUUCAGUAAAUCGCUUAAGAGAAAUGUUACGAUAGUUCCUUUGAAGGGCAAGGUUGAUUACUUCCUCAGCAUGAACUUGUACUCCUUGUCUUAUGAACUCGUCUUCGAUGGGAUACUGAAAUAUUAUCUUCCACUUUUAUUGUAGUGUUGUGGUGACGAGUUCGUUAGUGAAGGUAGACGGGCGGCAUAGGUCACGAAGUCCGCCCCCGGUAGCUGAGUGGUGGUUAGUUGCGCUCUGUAAUAAAAAAACUGAGUUAAUGGGUCAACGACGAACUAAAACGGGUGUCUUACGACGUCCGCCUCGAGCACAUACAACGAACAAAAGCGAACAAAACGAUAUUUAAAAAAAAAAAAAACAAAAAACAAAAAAAGUGGUCAGUGUGACAGAAUGUCAAUCCUAAGGUCCCGGGUUCGAUUCCUGGCUGGGUCGGAGAUUUUCUCCGCUCAGCGACUGGGUAUUGUGUUGUCCUAAUCAUCAUCAUUUCAUCCCCAUCGGCGCGCAGGUCGCCGAAGUGGCGUCAACUCGAAAGACCUGCAUCAAGCGAACGGUCUACCCGACGGGAGGCCCUAGCCACACCACAUUAUUAUUAUUAUUAUUAUUAUUAUAGGUCACGAACAGCUCUGUGACAGUUUAGUUGAUUACAGAAGACGAGUGCACGUGGUAGAUAGUACAUACAGAACCCGCGAUGCACUGUGCACGAUGUGCGGACGGGACGUAGCCAGCGGUCGCUACGCCCAGCUUAACUCGACGGCGGAGCGACCUCGCGAGGCCACCAGUACCUGGUGGCCGUGGUAUGUGGUGGACACCUGCUGGUGGGGCGGCUUUGUACGGCCGGGCUUCAGGCUGGCACACCGCCCCAGCGUAUGGAGGACGCCCUGUGGAGAGAUGGCUGGGAGGGCCUCAGACGAACCCUCGUCUCAUUCAUGCUGCAGCUAGACCCAUACGCCAGCGGACCUAUCAGGCUGGUGGUGGAUCGAUGGCGGUCUCCUGCCACAAGCCCACAGUACAGUGGACGCUGACUCAAUGACUCGCCAAUGCGGCUAGUAUUUACAUGCACCAGGGCGGGCACGUCGUUGACUGGACACCCCAGACGUCAAGUAGAUCACUUGCUGCACCGCCACCAAUGCGUCUCACGUUACAGUAAUGCCGCUGACCGUUGACCAAACGGCCCUGCUGGCCUACCGAGACAGACAUCGCGUCUAGACGAUGUGCUGGCUGCUCACCGCAUUACCGCAAACACAGCAAUCGCGGCAACGAGCCCUUACCUCCGAUCGCGCCGCUACAGUAGUUAACCUUUACAAAGUUCCAUAUCAACUACAAUUCAACUGUAGUGUUUGUACCAGUCUCUGAAACUGCCUGGCAGAUUGGUACUCAAACAUUGGACCUUUGCCUUUCGUGGGCAAGUGCUCUACCGGCUGUGCUAUCCGAGAACAACUCACGACCUGCCCUCACAGCCUGACUUCCCCCAGAAUCUCGUCUCCUACAGUGAAUAGCUCAACCAGUAGAGCAUUUGCCAGUGAAAGGCAAGGAUACCAGGAGGUCUGAACCCCGAUCUGACACAGUUUGAAUCUAUCACAAAGUUCCAAAUCAGCAUACACUCCACUGCAGAGUGAAAAUUAUUUCUGUGUACCAGUAUUUGCGAGAGUAUUUUAUAUCCUGUUUUCCUUCGCCAGUGUGUGUGCAGCAAGCUACACCUAGCGAGGAAACUUCUUGGCUGUUUCUGCCACAGCUGUAAGCACGGUGUGUUGAUAAUUCGCCCAUAGCAUAAGUUACACGAAAUGUUAGUCCUUCAGUCUUAUCACACAGUAUUUUGUUUCUGAAAAUUGUCAAUUUUUGUGUUUCUUAUACCAAUACAUUAAUUCAUGUAUGUUGUUCUGUGACUGCACUAUUCUUUCUCACGCCAUACCUUUCCCACACUACAUGCACUCCGUCUUCAGGCCACAAAUGGCCCAUCGGGACCAUCCGACCGCCGUAUCAUCCUCAGUUGAGGAUGCGGAUAGGAGGGGCGUGUGGUGAGCACACCGCUCUCCCGGUCGUUACGAUGGUUUUCUUUGACCGGAGCCGCUACUAUUCGGUCGAGUAGCUCCUCAAUUGGCAUCACGAGGCUGAGUGCACCCCGAAAAAUGGUAACAGCGCACGGUGGCUGGAUGGUCACCCAUCCAAGUGCCGGCCACGCCCGACAGCGCUUAACUUCGGUGAUCUCACGGCAACCGGUGUAUCCACUGUGGCAACGCCGUUGCCCACACUAUAUGCGUGUAUAGAUAUUACUGUUCAUCAUUUCUAGUCAUCGUACACUGCUUACAGUUGUAAUUAUAUUGUGUCUGCUAGACUGAUGACGAUCACAGCUAAUGCAAACUGACCAUCACAUAAAAUAGAAGAAACUCGUGUAAUGAAACACUGAUAUAAAUACUUCAGUCUCAAGUAUGUGGAUCGUAGUGCUUUCGUCAUGACAAUGUCACACUCCAUCAACAUACCGUUGUUUGAAGCAAAACAAUUAACCCCUUUUCUAUCACACACGAGGGUUAAAAAGAAAACAAUAAUAUGCCCAUUCUAUUAAUCUUUUCUCUGGUGUUGCUAUCCUUUUUGUUAGCUAUUACUUUGAGAGAAAUGGAGCUUUACUAGACCAACUUUAACUCAAUUUCGUCGGUAUAUUUCAUCACCAGGCGGUGUACAGUCAGUGCAUCGACGCAGACAGACCUGCGACUGUUACGCACCGUGCGGGGGAGUGCGGCGUCAAUGUCUCUAAAUUGUCGUCACUGCCUGCACCCCUAAGCCUCGAGGAAGUUUGAGUGCCUCACAUAAAGACCUUCUACAGGGUCUUUUCAGUGUUCUCCCCCAUUCCGCUUUUCAUAAUCGCUUUUUGAUGUAUUCUCCCUUCUGCUUCUUCAUCUUAGAUUCUUCAUUUCACCCAUCUAAUUAUUUCCAAUCAAUUCUUGUUGUUGUUGACUAAAACCCUCCAUUCCCAUAUUGAAGGAAACACCCGCUCGCUUAAAUAUGUUUCCCAUAAAAGCAGUCCAGGUUAAUGCUUUGUUUUCAGUCUCCCUCCAAUAAUUUGUAAACUGCAUAUUUUGUUGAGUCAUCGUAAUUUUUGCUUCGAGGCUCAUCCAUGUUCCACUAUCACUGACAUGCAGAUCAAUAACUUGCAAAGUUCUUCCCUUCUGGACAAACAGUGGCGUCGGGAAACCACUCCUGGGGCACCACUGUGGUUUCAAUAAUGACAUCGCUAUGGAAUGAGUAUUAGUUAUUAAAUUUUGAUUCCGAUGUUGAGCAGUUUAAUUCAAAGUUGUUACAUGGUUGCCUGCAGCACUGUGUUGCAAACAAUACCUCAUGUAUUAAUACUAUUUUCUGUAAAGGUUGUGAUAUUUUAUGCAAACUUAUUAAAUAGACUGAAUAUCAAUGAAGUUUUGUGUUCUUCUUUAAAUCGGCCGCGGUCCAUUAGUAUACGUCGGAACCGCGUGUCGCCACUGUCAGUGAUCGCAGACCGAGCGCCGCCACACGGCAGGUCUAGAGAGUCGUCCUUGCACUCGCCCCAGUUGUACAGCCGACGUUCAUAGGAAUGGUUCACUGACAAUCACGCUCUCAUUUGCCGAGACGAUAGUUGGCAUAGCCUUCAGCUACGUCAAUUGCUACGACCUAGCAAGGCGCCAUUACCAGUUAAUAUUGAAAUUAUACUUUUGUAUCGUCAAGAGCGAUGUA